GGUGAUACAAAGAAAAAUAACACGGUGUGCAAAGAAGAGAAGGAUGAGAAGAAAAAUGAAAGCAAACCUGAGAAGAAAAACAAUGAGGAGGGGAAAAAAGAAAUAUUUGUCAUUGAUCCUUCUGGAAACCUUUAUUACCAUUGGCUGUUCUGCAUCACAUUGCCUGUCAUGUACAACUGGACAAUGAUCAUCGCUAGGGCCUGUUUUGAUGAACUUAAUCAUAACAAUUUAGAAAUGUGGUUGAUUUUGGACUAUUCUGCAGAUUUUAUUUAUAUUGCUGACAUGUUUGUGCGGACCAGGACAGGUUAUUUGGAGCAAGGCUUGUUGGUGAAAGAAAAAUCUAAGCUCAAGAAAAGAUACAAGGAAACGUCACAAUUCAAAUUAGAUCUGCUGUCCAUCAUGCCAACUGAUCUACUUUACUUCCAAUUUGGACUGAAUUACCCAGAAAUAAGAAUAAACAGAUUGCUUAGAAUAUCACGCAUGUUUGAAUUCUUCCAGCAAACAGAAACGAGAACAAGUUAUCCAAAUAUCUUCAGAAUCUCUAACCUUGUCAUGUACAUUAUAAUUAUCAUCCACUGGAACGCUUGUAUGUAUUUCUCCCUCUCAAAAGCGAUCGGCUUUGGAACUGACUCAUGGGUCUACCCCAAUAUUUCUCAUCCUGAAUUUGGCAGGCUCGCUAGAAAAUAUGUGUAUAGCCUUUACUGGUCAACACUGACUUUGACAACUAUUGGUGAAACACCGCCUCCUGUUCAAGAUACUGAGUAUUGGUUUGUUGUUGUUGACUUCCUGGUCGGUGUAUUAAUCUUUGCUACUAUUGUUGGUAAUAUUGGUUCUAUGAUCUCUAAUAUGAAUGCUGCCCGGGAGGAAUUUCAAGCAAAGAUUGAUGCUAUCAAGCAGUACAUGCAGUUUCGUAAUGUGAGCAAAGAUUUAGAAAAACGGGUUAUCAAGUGGUUUGAUUAUUUGUGGACAAACAAGAAGGCCGUAAACGAAAGAGAAGUCUUGAAAUAUCUUCCAGAUAAAUUACGAGCCGAAAUUGCUAUUAAUGUUCAUUUGGAGACAUUAAAAAAAGUCCAGAUUUUUUCAGACUGCGAAGCCGGUCUAUUAGUUGAGCUGGUCCUGAAACUACAACCUCAGGUAUAUAGUCCUGGAGAUUAUAUCUGCCGGAAAGGUGAUAUUGGGCGAGAAAUGUACAUUAUCAAAGAAGGGAAACUGGCAGUGGUAGCUGAUGAUGGAGUAACUCAGUUUGUGGUUCUUAGUGAUGGCAGCUAUUUUGGAGAGAUUAGCAUCCUUAACAUUAAAGGUAGCAAAGCUGGAAAUAGAAGGACAGCUAAUAUUAGAAGUCUUGGCUAUUCAGAUUUGUUUUGUCUGCAUAAAGAUGACCUGAUGGAAGCUUUAAUAGAAUAUCCAGAGGCAAAAACCUUGUUGGAAGAAAAGGGAAAGCAGAUCCUUAUGAAAGAUGGACUACUGGAUUUAGAGCAAGCAAACAUGAAAAGAGACACAGAAAACCUCGAGCAAAAAGUUAGCCAAAUAGAAGGAAUGCUAGAUAAUUUACAAACAAGGUUUGCUAAACUUUUAGCUGAAUAUAGUGCUGCACAGCAGAAACUGAAAAUAAGGUUAAGACAAGUCGAGACUAUAGUGAAACCAUCCCUAGAGUAUGAUUUUUCAGACUUAGAAGAAUUGCAGAGCACUUCUGGUCAUUAA